AUGACGAACACAUUCUGUUGGCUAGUUCUGCUAGCCCUCGGCACCUUUUUGGGCCAAACGUCAGCAGCCCAUACAGCGACGGAAGUAACAAACCAGGAAAUUCGGGAUGCCAUCCUGUCGCUGGUACACUCAUAUAACCAGCUGGACAACAAACUGGAACGUCACGAGCAACGCGAGCGAGCCCACGCCGAGCAGGUCAAGAAGAGUCUGAUUCUGGUGCAGAAGAACUUACGCGCCCUGGAACCACUGCCAGGAAUGAUCGGACGCAUGGAAGGACGCACCGGUGAGAUCGAGACCGCCCUUCUACAGCAUGGAGGAGAAAUCGCCAAAUUUAAUCAACAGCAGGUUGAUGUAAGCCAAACCCUUGAGAGUAUCCUCACCUGGCUGAAGAGCAAUGCUCAAACGCUGGAAUCACGUAGUUCCAUUGGUCGCGACGAUGAUGAGGAAAGCGUUGGAAGCAAGCUGGACGAGGUCGCCGCUACCGUUCGGGAGCUACGCAGAGAGUUGGCUGAGCUGAAGAGUGAUCGAGAUGCUACCGAGGACGUCAACCGGCAGUUGCUGAAGGAAACGGAGAAGCUGGUCAACUCGAAGCUCUCCUCGGCGGACGAGAUCAUCGGGAAGAUGGAGGAGAAGUUGUCCCAGUUCUACCUCACCAGUCCGGUGAUCGCAACCCAGAAUGUAGAGUUCGAGGAUCGCGUCCUGAAGCAGCUGGCGAGCCUGAGCAGCACGAUGGCGGAGAGCGUGACGGCUCGUCCGAACGAAAAGGAGAUGGCCGCAGUCGCAGGAUCCCUGCCCGACAAGCAGUUCAUACAAGGUCUGGUCAACGAAACCCUGGACGCUAUCAACGACAUGCGCCUGGAGGUACUGACCGCGUCCGACAAAAGCUUCACGAAGACGGCGACCCGCAUCAAGGAGAACAACGAGGUGCUGCAGACAUCCGUGGACGAUAUCCUGAAGACACUCACGGAGGAGCUGACGACAGCCGAAGCGUUCCACAACACCGCCAAGCAGCAGUUCACGUCGAUGAACGACACGAUGUCACAGCUGUCGGUGUUCCUGCUAAAGGCAGGCGAGAACAUUCUGGAUGCCAAGCGUGGCAUCGACUACGGUAUCCUGCAGAUCGUGCGCGAGGUAGGUGACGUGGUAAAGACAAGCUCGGGCAACCUGAACACGACCGUUUCGCAACGUUUCGACGCGAUUGGUGAGACGAUCCUGGACAACCAUCAUGGUGCACUGGCCAACCUGAGCUCCAAGAUCGAGACGGAGAUCAGUCAGGUGUGGCGUCAGAUCGGUAUCAUGUAUCAGGAGAUCUCGUCCAGCAAGCAGGCCCUCGACAGGCUUCAGGAGCAGACGGAAACGUACGUCAACGGUACGCUCAACACAAUGGACAGCAUGGAAGGAAAGGUAUCUCUCAUUACCAACCGCAUGAGCGAGGUGGACUCCAACCUCAACUAUCUGCUCGGACGGCUGUCGAUGGUGACGCAGGAGUUCAACCAGAUCAAGCAUGGACUCGGCAAGGCGCUGGACGAGAUCAAGGGCAGCUUCGCCGAGGUGAGCAACCGUGUGCGGGGUCCCGGUCCGCACCGGAUCUCGUCCGACGAGGUCGAGGACGUCCCGAGUCAGGACGCGGCGAACUAGAGCCCUAUCGAUGAUAGGAAGUAUUCAUUAACACGCCAAAAAAAUCAAACUUAAAAACAGAUAACAUCAAGCCGGAACACACUAUUACGCGUGUCUUUUCGUGUAGUAUGUAGCGUUGUGAGGGUUUCCACUUGUCGGAAGAGAGGAAAGGGAGUCCGAUGUCAUUCGGACGAUGGAAGUAUCUUUUCUUAUCCUGUACUAUUUUACUUAUUAGUUUAGCGAUUAACGAGGUGUGCUUAAAGUGUACGUAAGAGGAGAAUUGAAAGUAAGGAAUAAAACAACAGAAACUUGCAAAUGGCUCAUUCGUGCCAGGUAGAUUUUAUCUCCAGUGGCGAGAUGAUAGAAAACAAUGUAUUUUUGCUGAAUACUUAGUGCACAAUAAAGCGUACAAAUUUGGAAUAUUCGUUUGAGUUUUAGAGAAUACUUUUGCAAACAGUGUACGCAAAGUUUAUGGAGGUUUUUUCAAUGUUGUUCUAACGAUUUCACACAUUUCUUGAUCAUAAU